AUGGGGCGAGGCGCCCUCCAGCAGCUGCGCUUCUCGUUGGCGAGCCCCAUCAUGGAGCAUAAAAGGGCUUGGCGACUCCGCUCCACCACCGUUCUUCCUCUCCUUCUGCGCCAUGAGGACUUCCACAGCCUUCGCUGUCCUGGUCAGUGCAGCUCAGUCACCGGCCUUUCUCAGUCCCUGCGCAUUAUAGGGCCUCUCGGUCACCAUGGGUGCACUUUCUUCGUGCACGACAAAAAACCUGUAAUGCAAUUUAGUUUAAUAGCAACUCGAACACAAACCCGAACCCAAGUCUCAGUGGCGGCCGGCCUUGUUGCGGCGACUAGCUCGAGGCAGCUUCCCUCGGACCCGAAGCAAGGCCUUGAGCACGUCGAGCCUAGAGCUACUCGCGCCAAGUGUGGAGGUUUGAUGACCCUGGCCACGGGACAAGAGCUGAUCAUGAAGACCCCGGGGUACCCCAACAAGUACCCCAACAAGAGGAAAUGCACCUGGGACAUUUCCAGCCAGAACACCGACGAACACCUUGAGCUUUCUUGCCCCAACUUCGAGCUGAAAAAGUCCAAGUCUUGCAAAGGAGACAGGCUGCGCCUUUCGGACGACGAGAGCGUGGAGACCUUCUGCGGUCACGGGGAAAAGACCUUCGUCACCAAAAGCAACACACUCAAAGCUACCUUCAAAAGCAGCAGGUACGGCAGAGACAAGGGCUUCGAGUGUACCGUGAGGAGCGUCCGCAGCAACAUUGACUCUACUGAUAUUUCCACCGGGGCAACAGACCAGACUACAGCCGCGCCAGCAACAACCAAACAGCCUACAACCUUGCCUUCAACAACCAAACAGCCCACAACCGCUGGCUGCCAGUGUGGGGUAGCAAACCCCAACCGCAUUGUUGGUGGGACAGAGGUAUCACCUGCCCAUAAAUACCCUUGGCACGUCGGCCUCAAGUACAAAAACGGAGCCAACUACUGGUGCGGCGGAUCCAUCAUCAACAACCAGUACGUCAUGACCGCCAGCCACUGCUUCUUCGACAUGCAAGGGAACCGCAUCUCCGACGAGGGUCUCGCGGUGGGCGUGGCCGACCACGAUAUGUACUCCUCUUCUGACGACGUCUCGGGCGUCACAAGGUUGGUCAGUGUGGCCAAGGUCAUCCUCCAUCCCAACUACGUGUCUUCAGGGUAUGACAACGACAUUGCCCUCCUAAAGCUGUCCGAGACCCUGGAUCUGUCCAAGAACAAGGAGCUGAGGUCUGUCUGCCUGCCCGCCGACGACUCCAAGUCCUACGCAGGAGCCUUGGGCAUCGCUGCAGGAUGGGGCAAUCUGGAAAGCGAUGGAAGCCAGCCCGACAAGCUGAUGGAGGUCACACUGCCCAUCCUGGAGCUAAGCUGUUGGGGCACAACAGUGACGGAAAGAAUGCUGUGCGCAGGAUACAAGGAGGGAGGCAAGGACACGUGCCAGGGAGACUCAGGCGGGCCUCUGUACGUGGUGGAAGACAGCAAGUACUUCCAGGUAGGAAUAACGUCCUUCGGGAAUGGCUGUGCGAACCCCAACAGCCCGGGAGUGUACGCCAGAGUGUCCAAAUUCCUCAGCUGGAUUAAGACUAACACUGCUGAUGCCACCUACUGCUGA